AUGUUCUUGCACGAGAAAGACCACGCCAAGGACUUGGCGCUCUUUGAAAUCAAGCUCAAAACUCACGGCUUGAAAAACACCGUGUUGGUCAAGGGCAACGAGGCCGAGGUGGAGAACAUCCCGCUCCAUGGAUGCGUGAAGCUCCUGACCAAGCUGGACUUGCAUGUGAAAAGGAUCCGGCUUGUGCUCACCGGCGACCAAGACGUCGAGUACGAGAGCAGGUUGUUCGAUGGAUUCGCGGGCGUGCCCAUUUCGGAGCGCAACUGUGUGAUGAGGGUGGUGUGGCCCAAUCUUCUCUGCCUGCCCAACGGCGAGCUUCACUUCGGCAACUACGCCGACCUGGUGGCCAAGUACCACUACGUGGACCUGCUUGCCCGCAAGUCACAUGACAACUCGUUCACUGACCUCGCCUCCUUGCAUACAGACACCCAUACUCCACCGGGUGGGAAGCGGCCGGCGUUCCACAAAACCAAGUCGCAGCCGCUGCUCUUCAAGAACCCGGAGUCGUCGCUCGUCCGGGUCCCGCGGGCGGGAAUUGACGGCACGCCGUGCCCCGCGUAUGCGGGUGCCUGGGGCCGGGGGCACUCGUUCUUGCUUCCCAAUGGCAACUAUACCUUGCCGUUCUCGUUCUUUCUUCCGGCCAACACACCCGAAUCGGUGGAGAGCUUGGCGGCAGGAAAAAUCAGAUACAAGCUCGAGUGUGUGGUGGAGCGAGGCCGCUUUGACCGUCCCUUCAAGAAGGCCACGCACGUCCGCAUUGUGCGCACCUUGCACCCAAGGAACGUGAACCGAUACGACUCAAUUGACUAUGCCAACACGUGGCCCGGCAAGAUCGACUUCAAGGUGUCUGCGCCCCACAAAGGUAUCGCGCUUGGGUCCCUGGUGCCCAUCAAGCUCAUCAUUGUGCCUCUUACCAAGGGCCUUUCGUUCAAGUCCAUGUACGCGGAGAUCGUGCAAACCUCAUAUGUGAGCGGCAUAUCUGGGCGGUCGCCACUUGCUGAAGAAGUGCUUGCCCGGCGCAAGGUCUUGUGCCCCAACCCGGACAUUGGCCAGGACCACUGGCAGGUGCAGGGCAUGUAUCAGCUUCCUUGUUCGUUGUCCGAGAUCACACAGACCUGCUCCAUCAAAAGCAGUCUCGUUUCCGUCAGACACCGCUUGCGAGUCGGAAUCCACAUGCGGAACCUGGACGGCCAUGUGUCGGAGCUCCGGGCAUUCCUUCCUGUCGUGAUCUACAUGAGCCCGACUCACGGGCACGUAACGGCCAGGCACAUGGAUGUGGAUAGUAACGGACACUUUGUGCCGGCUCCAGACGACUCCGCAGAAGAUGUAUUAUUUCCCGCCAGAGACCCCGUCAAUUCUCGCUCCGAAAGCCUUGAAGGCGCAUCGGCCGAGGGGUACGAGGAAGACGAGGACGAGGACCCGGCGCCUCCGGUUUACAACAGUCACAAGAAAGACACAGUGUUUGAUUACAACAGCCCGCUGUCGCCCAUUGAACAGCUUCGGGCCAACAGCGUAGGCGCGGCGCCCAUGGGUGGAUACUUUGACUUUGUCCCUCCAAAGGCUGAUGCGUCUGCGAAAAUACUUGAUUUGGCCACACUCCUGAAAAUCCCUUGCUAUGAGGAAGCGAUAGAGGACGAUGUGGACGAGUAUAGCGAGGGGCCGGCCCCAUACUACGCUGCGGAUUCUGCCUUUGCGCCGCCUGCCUCACCGCCCUGCUCCAUGCCUCGUCCGCUGAUGCAGCCAAGAAGCUCGAGCAUGUCAAACUUGACGGCACAGGGGAAAUCAUCACCUGCGAAGAAAAAACAUCUAUUCUUGAGAAGAGAGAAAAAGUAA